AUGAAGACGAGCCGCCGGUGCCGAGCCCUGCUGGCCGUGUGUCUGAACCUGCUGGCUCUUCUCUUCUCCACCACCGCCUUCCUCACCACGCACUGGUGCCAGGGGACCCAGCGGGUGCCCAAGCCCAACUGUGGCCGAGACAAGAAGACCAACUGCCUCAACUACAGCGGCAACAGCACGGCCAACGACACGGCGGGCUCCCACGGGGUGCACUACAGCUGGGAGACCGGAGACGACCGCUUCCUCUUCAGGUAUUUCCACACCGGCAUCUGGUACUCCUGUGAGGAAAACCUCAGUGGACUUGGUGAAACAUGCCGGAGUUUUAUUGACCUGGCUCCAGCAUCGGAGAAAGGUGUACUUUGGUUGUCGGUGGUUUCAGAAGUCUUAUACAUCCUUCUCUUGGUCGUCGGAUUCAGUCUCAUGUGUCUAGAGCUCUUCCACUCCAGUAACGUCAUAGAUGGGCUCAAGCUCAAUGCCUUUGCUGCCGUCUUCACUGUGCUGUCAGGUCUCCUGGGAAUGGUCGCCCAUAUGAUGUACACUCAAGUUUUCCAAGUCACGGUCAGCCUGGGACCUGAAGACUGGAGACCACACUCCUGGGACUAUGGCUGGUCUUUCUGCCUGGCCUGGGGUUCUUUCACAUGCUGCAUGGCAGCCUCAGUCACCACGUUGAACUCUUAUACCAAGACUGUCAUCGAGUUCCGGCACAAACGGAAAGUGUUUGAGCAGGGAUUCCGGGAGGAGCCAACCUUCAUUGACCCAGAGGCCAUCAAAUACUUCCGGGAAAGGAAUGAGAAGGGGGAUGGGACUGAGGAUGAAGAUUUCCGACUGGACUGCCACCACAGUCGAUACCCAAAUCGUAAGUGA